GGGCGCCACCACAUGGGCUACGAGAUCUUCGCCGACUUCAAGCAGGAGAACAUGCAGCACUUCUGGAACCAGAAGGUGACGGCGGCGGUGGCCGAGACCUUCUUCCUGGGCUGGAUCGACGAGCAGGUGCUGCUGAUCCAGGGCAAGGAGGAGCACCUGGAGGCGCUGCGCGAGGGCUGGACGCGCCGCUCCCUCAAGCCGCCCGCCGGCUUCCAGAUCCGGUGCCUGGGUGAUGUAUCACCCAUCAGUAUGUCUCCCAUCAGUCAAUCACAGUUUAUCCCACUUGGGGAAAUCCUUUGCUUGGCCAUCUCUGCAAUGAACUCAGCACGAAAACAAGUCACGCAAGAAGCACUAAUGGAACACCUAACAACCUGCUUCCCAGGUGUUCCAACUCCAAGUCCAGAAAUCCUUCGCCAUACCUUAAACAUGCUUGUCCGAGAGAGGAAAAUAUACCCAACGCCUGAUGGCUACUUCAUUGUGACUCCACAGACAUAUUUUAUAACUCCAUCUCUUAUAAGAACUAACAGUAAAUGGUACCAUCUUGAUGAGAGGAUACCUGACAGGUCUCAGUGUACCUCUCCACAGCAAGGAACUAUAACUCCUUCCACCUCAGGCUGCGUCAGAGACAGAACGUUACCCAAAAACCACUGCGACUCUUGUCAUUGUUGCAGAGAAGACAUGCACAGUAUGCAUGCCUCUACCUUACAGAGAAAAUCAGCAAAAGACUGCAAGGACUCCUAUUGCCCCCCUUCUCUGUGCCAGGUGCCACCCACUGAAAAAAGUAAAAGUACUGUAAAUUUUUCAUAUAAAACCGAGACACUUACAAAGCCUAAAGAUGGAGAAAAGCAGUCUAAAAAAUUUGGGCUAAAAUUGUUUCGGCUGAGUUUCAAAAAGGACAAGACAAAGCAACUGGCCAAUUUUUCUGCCCAGUUUCCUCCUGAGGAAUGGCCUUUGAGGGAUGAAGACACUCCUACCACUAUACCUAGGGAGGUAGAGAUGGAGAUUAUUAGGCGUAUUAACCCAGAUUUGACUGUAGAAAAUGUUAUGAGGCACACUGCACUAAUGAAAAAACUUGAAGAAGAAAAGGCUCAACGAAGCAAGGCUGGAUCUUCCGCUCACCAUAGUGCAAGAAGUAAAAAAAGUAGAAGUCAUAGGAAGUCUCACGGAAAAUCUCGGUCACACAGCAAAACUCGGGUCUCUAAAGGAGAUCCUUCAGAAGGAUCCCAUUUGGACGUACCAGGUGAAAGAGACUAUGAUUUCUAUGACCCCCUCACUAGGUCCCCGCGAGAAGGCUGCUUCAUAAUAGAACACAAAAGGGACAACUUUAUCAUGCAUAGCAGCCCAAAUGUUCUUGAAUCUCAUUUUCCAAUGACACCUGAAUGGGAUGUUUCUGGUGAACUAGCCAAAAGAAGAACUGAGAUGCCUUUUCCAGAACCAUCGAGGGGAAGCUCCCAUUCUAAGGUCCAUCGAAGCCACAGCCAUACGCAGGACCGACGAUCGAGAAAUGAGAGGUCUAAUAAAGCCAAGGAGCGGUCUCGAUCAAUGGAUAACUCAAAAGGACCCCUGGGUGCUGUUUCUUUAGGUACUCCUGAAGAGAUAGCUGAAGCUUGCAGCCAAGAUGACCAAACAACUAGCCAAACGUACAUUGAUGAUAGCACCUUAAGGCCUUCGCAGUCGCUCAGUCAUCAAAGGGCUCUGAUGUCAUCCGUAAACUACAAAGAGGUAGUUAAACCUGAAAAGACAGGUGGCAAUGCAGACACUCCCUGUAGCUUGUUGGAACAAAACAAGUCAACAGAGAAUUUACCAACCUAUAGUGAGCUCAAUUCUUGUACAACAAAAUCAGCUACUGAUGAUUACUUUCAGUGUAACACUUCUAGUGAGACUGUACUUACUGCUCCUUCACCUUUAGGGAAAAAUAAAGAUGACCAUGACACAGUGACUUUGACAGAUAGUAUUAAAAAAGUGUCUCCCUCAGAGAGACAGUCACAACACAUAGCCAGAGACCCAGGAGUACACAAAGAGGAGUCACCUAAGGGGCCAAACAAUAGUGGCGGGCUAAUUGCUACCAGCCAACCCCCCGAAGUCAUCGCAAAUGGCCGACUGGUUCAGCAUCACAACACAGAAUCUAGUAGCCUUGAUAAGAGGAAAGAAAUAUUUAGCAAAGACACACUCUUUAAGCCUCUCCACAGUACUCUGUCUGUGAACAGUUUCCAUAAGCCCAGUGUGCCACUACUAAAACCUCAUCAAAAGGUGCCGUCGGACACAUUGCCAAGCAGAUGCGACAAACUUGAGCAAACAAUGGUGACCUCCGUUACACAAGUUAUUCCUGUUUCACAGAGACAACAAGAGCCAGCUGGGAACCAGGAAGCAUCAUUUGAUUAUUACAAUGUGUCCGAUGAUGAUGAUUCCGAUGAAGGGGCAAAUAAAAAUGCUGAAGAAGAGAAGAAUAGGGAUGAUGUGGGUACUAUGCAGUGGCUUCUUGAGCGGGAAAAGGAAAGAGACCUGCAAAGGAAGUUUGAGAAAAAUCUCACACUCCUGACUCCAAAGGAAACUGAAAACAGCAACAAUCAGAGGGCCACACAUUCAGCUAGACUGGACAGCAUGGACAGCAGCAGCAUCACUGUUGACAGUGGGUUCAAUUCUCCACGCACUCGUGAGAGCUUAGCUUCCAACACUUCAAGUAUCGUUGAAAGCAACCGACGUCAGAACCCAGCUCUCAGUCCUGCGCAUUGUGGUGCGGGUCCAGUGUUCAGCUACCGAGCAGCUGCUGACCCACCAACAAGUGAAGCUGAAAAACUGCAGAAACCUGCUAAUUGCCUGCAAGCGUCUGUUACAAGUGUUUGAUAGUGCUUCUGCCUCAGAUCUUCUGUCUCAUCCUAUACAGUAAAGUUUACGACACUGGGACUAAUGUUUACGUCUUUGGGAAGGGGGGAAAAAACCAGGCAUCUCAA